AUGCUCCGGUCAUCGGCUGCCCCGGAGGUUGAGUCGGGAGGCGGGCCAGCCCAGCUCCCGCGGGUCGCCGUGCAGAAGAUGACGGCGGAGGACGACCCCGAGGCCUUCCUGGACAUCUUCGCGGGCACGGCAGAGGCGUGCGGGUGGCCGCAGGCUGAGUGGGGGAUACGUCUGCUCCCCCUGCUGUCCGGGGAAGCCCAGCGGGCCGCCCAUACCCUGCCUGCGGCCUCCAGAUACGACUACCACCAGCUCCGGAGGGCGAUCCUGGACCGGUUGGGCAGCACACCAGAGGGACAUCGCGGCCGGCUCCGGAGCCUGCCCUUCGAGGACGCUGGCCAACCCUUCGCCUUCGCCCAGCAGCUCCUCGACUCGGCUAGGCGCUGGCUCCAGCCGGGAGUCAACUCUGUGGAGGACAUCGUCGGGCAGGUGGCCCUUGAGCAGUUCAUCGCCGGACUCCCCCUCUCCUCGGCGAACUGGGUCCAGUGCCACCGUCCGGCCAGCCUUGAAGCCGCCGUCAGACUCGCGGAGGACCACCUCUCCCUGCCCCGGCGGAGCCUGGGGGCCGAAGCCCGGGCCGUCUCUCCUCCACAGCUCCGGCCCGUUCCAGCCCCGAGGAGGUUCCGGCCCGCCGUGGGGGCCGCUGGACCUGGCACUACGCCAUCCUCCGGGGGUCCUGCCUACACCCCUGGGACAGCUGGACCCCAGUUGCUCCCUAACCAGUUUCCUUUGUUUUCCCCUCCACAGGACCCAGCCUACGCGUCUGGUCGCCCGGCACCACAGAGGGCUCCUCAAAUGUCAGGGCUGGGGUGCUGGCGGUGCGGCAAGCUCGGCCACACCCAGCGGGACUGUCCAGUCAUGGAGCCAGCUCUCACCGGGUCAGAGAGCGGACGUUGCCACGUUGCAAGGGCUUUUUGCCGAUCCCCCCUGCCCGGGCUCACCACCCUCGCACACCACCACAUAGAGACGCCCCCGGGCGUGACGACCGACGCCUCGAACAGCGGAGUGGGAGCCAUUCUGUCCCAGGAGGUGGAGGGGCACUCUGUGGAGGCUGUGAAUGCCGGAGUAAAUCCCAUAGGUGAUACCUCCUACAACUCCAGCCACUGGGAUCUGGGUAGUGCCUUCUUCUUUGCUGGGACUGUCAUCACAACCAUAGGGUAUGGUAACAUUGCCCCAAGCACUGAAGGAGGAAAGAUUUUCUGCAUUCUGUAUGCAAUAUUUGGAAUCCCGCUGUUUAGAUUUCUCCUGGCAGGCGUUCGGGACCAGCUUGGUACCAUAUUUGUCAAAAGCAUCGCCAAGGUGGAGAAGAUGUUCCGGAAUAAACACAAUCAGAUCAGUCAGACUAAAAUCCGUGUGGCCUCCACUCUCCUCUUCAUCCUGGCUGGCUGCAUCUUGUUUGUCAUUAUCCCAGCUGUGAUAUUCAAACACAUUGAGGGCUGGACGGCUCUGGAGUCAACAUAUUUUGUUGUCAUCACUCUGACAACAGUUGGAAUAGGUGACUAUGUUGCAGGGGGAGACAGAAGGAUUCAGUACCGGAAGUGGUACAGACCACUGGUGUGGUUCUGGAUCCUGGGUGGUCUGGCCUACUUUGCUGCAGUGCUGAACAUGAUUGGUGACUGGCUGAGGGUGCUGUCUAAAAAGACAAAAGAAGAGGUUGGAGGGAUCAAGGCUCAUGCAGCAGAAUGGAAAGCAAAUGUGCGAGCAGAGUUCCGGGAGACUCGUCGGCGUAUGAGUGUUGAGGUCCACGACAAGCUGCAGCGAGCUGCCACCAUCCGGAGCAUGGAGAGACGUCAGCUGGGCUUGGACCAGCGUGCCUUGUCCCUGGACAUGCUUUCCCCAGAGCGCCGUGCCAUCUUCAACAGCUUGGACACCAACAGCUAUAAGACUUCCUCCCAAGAGAGCAUCGACUCCAAGCUGAACAACCUUCGCCUGCGAGGGGCAGAGCAGUGCGACCGGAACUCCAACCACCAGACCACGUCUGAGGACAACAUUUUCAACCGCCUGGGCUCCGUGUCCAAGUUGGCCAAGCGCAACAGGAAUCGGGACCUGAAGAAGAACAUCCCGGCCGAGGCUCGCAGGCCUCACAGUGAGGCCUACGGCUGCAGCACGCCCACUUUUGACUGCAGCACAUCCACUGCAGAUGAAGGGAAAAGGAAGGACGAAGGAGAAGAUGAGAAUGAAGACAAAGAGUGCAACACUAGCUUGUCUGAUUUUCCGCUGUUUGUGGAUGCUUGCAAUGGGUUUAUUCCAGAGCAGACCAAAGAGAAUGAGAUUGGGAAAACACUUGAAACAAAAGAGCUGCAUAUUCAAAUGGACCAUAGACUGUGUGUACUCCUACACAAGGAGGUUUUAAAUACCACCAUUAGUGCCUUUGGUCUCCUUUAUUAAUGUGUGUGCUUAAGCUGGGAUAACACAUGUUCCUUUGUGCUAUGUACUGUAAUGUCUACAUAUUCAAUAUGGACAUUACAGUACAGUGUGUGUCUUACUGUACAACCAACAUGUAGCUACUGGUUAUGAUGGAAACACAUUGUGGUUGUGUAAAUGCAAGAACUGGUAGGGUUUCUAAAAUCGUGCU